CCAGAACCAAGUCCUGUGUGUAUGCGUUCUUACUAAAAUGCUUUAUAUCUUGACCGUGACUAAGCUGCGGAGAAGAAGGCACAUCAUGUAGAUCCCCGUGUCAGCAAUCUAAUGGCAGUGACGUAGAAAGACUUUGAACAAAUAAGUUGUUUUCGUUAUUUUAAGUUUAUUUUUAGCCCAAAGCCAACAGAGAUAACGUGUCUCAUUUUUAACAAAGUGACCAGAUAUAUUGUCGUCACGCUACCCGGACUUUUUUUUUUUUUUUUUCUCUGAUGGCGUGUUUGGUGGGGGGGCCGGGAGCUCCCAGCAGCAUCAUGACCAUCCAUGAGUAAGAUAUAUAGCCUUCAGUCCAACGUGAUAUAAGAUUUGAUACCCCACCUACGCUCCAGUUGCUGAUUGGCGUUACGCAGGUAUCCAGCUAUUAUUUAUUACCCCAAAGCGUGGACGCCUCAUUUAUCCUCACUGGAUCUCACUGCAGGAUCUAUCUGUUUCUACUAGACCCUACAGCAAGACGUGCGAGGCUGACUCAUUUGCCAAAUUAUCUGAUAUAAAAAAACAAACAGGCACGCCUGAGAAAAUGAAAAAGGGUUUGCUCUUGGUGACUUUGUUCCUCGUCAUGAAGCUUCGGUGCUCCCACUCUAGAUGCGAGGAGCCAGGAUCGCGCAGAUCAGCAUCAGACCAGACCGUAGGCUUGGACAGCCUCAAGCGGAACAUUCUUAAGAGAUAUAGCGACCUGGAUUAUGACAGCUUUGUGGGUCUGAUGGGCAGAAGAAACGCCGAAAACGCUGUGCAGUCACCACAAAAGAGGGAGAUGCAUGAUAUUUUUGUCGGUCUUAUGGGAAGAAGAAACUCAGAGCCUGCAGAUAAUGGUGCCUGGAGGAGAGAGUAUCCAGAGAGGAGAGGCAUUUUUCUCAACAAGUGCAGGCUGAGGCUACUUCAAGGGCUGUAGACGUUCCUUAAUUUGGCUUCAAAGACCGAAGAUCGCAGAGAACAGUAACAACGAACUCAAUGCCGGAUGGAAUCGACUGAACAGAUGCACUGUACUCCUGCCAGCUGGAUUGUGAACGUGACCAUAAACCAAGCAGAUUGUAUUUGUUUUACCUGAAGACAAAUCAUAAUUAUAAGUCACAAUUCCUUUAUCUUUAUCAUGUUUUCUCUUUUUCCUUCAAAGUUCAAAAUAAACAUAAUUUUUAUACAUAA